AUGGCACAGGAGAACGUGGAAAAGAAGAAGCCAAAGUCAUUCGAGGCUCUUACACCCGAGCUUUCAGAAUGGAUCCUGGACUUUACGCGAGGCAUGGGAUUCGACCGCACAACGCCCGUUCAGGCCAUGGCAAUACCGCUCCUCAUGGGGAAUAAAGAUCUUGUUGUGGAGGCUGUGACAGGAAGUGGAAAGACUCUGAGCUUUCUCAUUCCCCUGAUCGAGCGAAUACUGAAGGCAGAAGAGCCCAACAAAAAAGGCCAUGUCCGCUCGAUCGUGGUGGCACCUACCAAGGAGCUGGCUAGCCAAAUAUACGAUGUCGCUCGGAGUCUCUUGGAGUUCCAUCCGCCUUCUGCGUCGUUUCUCAGGCGGUCCGCCCAGUCGCCGGAGGACAGCGAAGAUGAGGAAAUGAGCGACGCUGAGAAACCUGAGAUUCUACCUGGACCCUAUGCGAUACCUCAUUUGCUUGUCGGAGGGCGGACCAAAUUGUCGGAAGAUCUUUCGACCUUUUCACAGUUGAAUCCGAACUUUCUGAUUGGCACUCCAAAACGACUCGUUGAGGUGCUUCAAUCUUCAAAAGUUCAGCUGAAGAGGCAUUGGUUCGAUUUGCUUGUGCUAGACGAGGCGGACCGCCUGCUCGAUUCUAAUUUUCAACCGGAUCUGCAAAAGAUCCUGGAUGCAGUGCCGAAGGAACGCCGUACUGGACUGUUCAGUGCCUCUGUGUCAGAAGCUGUCAAUGAGCUAGUACGAGUAGGCAUGCGGUACCCAUUCAAAAUCAGCGCGAAGGUCCGUAGCAAGUCUGGAGCGCUAGACAAGAGAACACCGGAAAGUCUGAGGCUGUACUAUAUCGCUGCAAAGCCUACGUCGCGACUGCCUCUCAUCAAGCGGAUUUUGCAGGACAACAAAGCUGCAAAGAGCAUCAUCUACGUCUCCACUCGAGCAGGGGUGGAUUACUGGAACCACGUCCUGCCAACAGUUCUCGGAGUUGCAGUUUUCCCCAUCCACGGCGACCAUAAAUCCGCCAUCCGCAUGAAGAAUCUGCAACGCUUCCGAGACUCGGCUUCACCCGCGAUUCUCCUGACGACCGACGUUCUCGCUCGAGGUAUUGACAUUCCAGAUAUCGAUCUUGUGGUGCAACUUGAUGUACCAACCCAGCCAAAGGAUUUCAUCCAUAGAUGCGGGCGAUCCGGCAGAGCUGGCAAACGGGGCAUGGCCAUUACCUUCCUGAAUGAGGGCGGUGAAGAAGACUACGUAAAGUAUCUUGGCCUCCAAGGGACAGCUCUCGAGCCAUACCCCGCCUUGCCUUCAAUUGCAGAAGAAGACAUCACGAAUGCUAUCAGUGACAUCCGCAAAGUGCUCAAGUCGAAGAGGGAGCUGCAUGAUCGCUCUCAAAAGGCCUUUGUCAGCUGGGUACAGGCUUACAGCAAGACGCUCCCAGCAGACAUUUUUAGUGUCAGGAAGAUUGAUUGGUCAGAGACCGGCAAAGCUUGGGGCCUUCUUACCUGGCCCAAGAUGCCAGAGCUGAAGCGUUAUUUCCCGCAAGCUGUGCAAGAUCGCACGCUCGGCUUACACCUACCUGAGGGCUUUGAUUUGAACACUCUGGCUUAUGCCGACAAAGUGCGGGAGGGAAAGCGAAAAGAGAAUCUCGAAGCUAAAGCGCGCGGAGAGAAGCUACAGCUGCCUUCAAAGUUCGGAGGCGCGGCAGCAGAUGCGAGAAGGCGUAAUGAAAAGGCGUGGAGCAGUCAGAAGGAUGCAAAGGCGUUACGAGAGAGCAGGCGAGAGAAGAAGGAAGUCAGACGCAAGGCCGAGAGCAAGUCCAAGAUGACGGAGGCCGAUAAGGCGAAGGAGACGGAGCUGAACGACUUGAUUGCACAAGUGAGAGCGAAGACUGCCGCUGAUCAGGAGGAAUUUGAAGGGUUUGGUGACUAG